UCCCGGCGGAUGCGCGUGCUGGGAAAGGGGGCCCUGCUCUAGCCCGGCUUGUCUGCGCAGCGCUGCUGCGGAGGGCAGGACGGAGUGACGCGCCGUGCCGGGGGGACGCGCUGGGGACCGCCCCCGCGGCUCUGCGUGGCCGCAGCGGCCCGCGCUCGGCACCGCACUGCGGGCAGCCGCGUCCCCCGGCCCCACCGCGUGCAGGGGGCUGCGCGGAGCCCUCCCCGCGUCCCGGCCGCGGCGCGGAGCCGGCUGGCGCGAUGGGGCGUCGCGGGGGCUCGCCGGGGGCGGCCCUGGCCCGGCUGCUGCUGCUGCUGCGCGUCCCGGCGCUGUGCCCCGCAGGGCCGGGCCCCACCAUCGACGGGCGGGCGCUGGCGGCGCGGGCGCUGCGCGAGGGGGAGAGCCGGGCCUUCACCUGCCGGGCCCCGCGCCCCGCCGCCGCGCUCGCCUGGUACCUCGACGGCCGGCGGCAGGAGCCCCCCGGCCCCGCGGAGCGCGCCGCCAGCACCUUCACCCUCACCGCCCGGCGCGCCGACCGCCAGCUCACCUGCGCCCUGACCCACCCGGCCUCCGGGGACGCCGCCAACGCCUCCGUCCACCUCGACGUGCAGUUCGCGCCCGAGAUCCUGCGCGCGGACGCCCGCGCCGAGGGGCCGGGGCUGCUGGUGGUGCUGCUGGCGCUGGUGCAGGCCAACCCGCCCGCCGCCGUCACCUGGGUCGGCCCCGACGGGCGUGCGGUGCCCAACGGCUCCGAGCUCCUCGUCCCGGAUGCCGGCGGCCGCCCCGCGCUCGCCAACCACACGGUGCGCCUGCGCCUCGGCACCGCGGCUGGGAGCUUCUCCGUCAGCGCCGCCAACGGCCUGGGCAUCGCCAACGCCUCCGUCCCGAUCGCAGGUCUGCUGGAGGCCCGCGUGGAGCUGCCGCUCCUGGGGGUGGCUGUCGGCAGCGCCCUGGCCCUGGGCGCCCUGCUGGGCCUGGGCUGGCUCUCCGCCUGCGUGGCCUGCCGCCGCGCCAAGCCGGAGCCAGGUAAGGGCAGCGGGGGCCGGGGCACCGCUGCACCGGUGCCGCUGCUCCCUGAUGUCCCCCUUCCCGCAGGGCUCCCCGGACCCGCGCCCCUGCCUCCAAGGUGCUCCGGCUGCCCGCGGCCCGAGGGCACGCGGCUGCCCCGCGAGAACCGGUCCCUGCCGCCCAACCUGCACCUCAGCGACCUGGCGCGGGAGCCCGGAGCCAACCCCGGAGAGGCGGGAGCCGGUGCCGAGGGGGAGCAGAGUGCCCCUCCGGAGCUGGAGAACGCCCUGGUGCUCAGCAGCCUCGGGUUUGUCCGGUUCCCGGUAACUGGCUACAUUUACAAAGUGUCCAGCACGAGCAGCGAUGAGAUCUGGCUGUGAGAUGCGGCACGACGCCCGUGAGUCCGGGCUAACCCUCUCCGGGAAAGUCCGUCGGCUCCGCAGCACUGCAGCCCCCUCCCAGGCCACCGUUCCCGCCAGGCCCUCCCAGGAUCCCAGCCAGCAACCAGACUCCCUCCGCGAUCCGUGCCAGCGCUCCAGGUGGGAUACGAGCAAUACCGCGAGCCUCCAAAACCUCCACGUCUUCCUCAGCCCGCCAGGAGCCCGGCUGUUCUCGCUGAGGACCCGCAGCGCAGACCAGCUCUGGGUAGCGGCAGAAAUGCCAGCUGCAUGGAGGCUGUUCCUGUCCCACGCUGCCCUUGCAGUAGGAAAAACACGGCUUUGCUCGCAUGAGAAGAGACAGAAACACUGCGGUGGCUCCCUGUGCUGUUCCAGUGUUGGUGAAGAAGCAGCGAAGCGGUGAUGUACCAGUAACCCCAGCACUAACACCGAAGGAACCAGGUCAGCUUCCUGUAAAGGGGAGCACCUCGAGGAAUGGCAUUCUGGGGACAUGAAUCCCCGCCCUGCCUCAGACGCUCGCACGCAGCUACAUGGAGGUAGUGGCAGUGUGGGAGUGCCUGGGGCCCGUGCAGCCGAGUCCUGAGAGAACCCCCCCCCCCCCCCCGCCAGCUGCCAUGGCUGCUCCGGGAGGCUGCUCGGCACCUGGGCUGCUCCCGUGUCCUAGCUUUUGCCCUGAGUAACAGCCACUUGUGAGCUGCGCGUCCUGCCAGGGUGCCAGUCUCCCUUACUUCAUGAGCGUGCUUCUGGACGGAGCAACUCCUGAGGCCACCCGUGAGCCCUCUCAUUGCUACAAAGCUGCCAGAGCUCUGGGGGCUGCCUGGCAUUGGGUGCCAGUGUCGGAACAAGCGCGGCUGAGGGUGCCAGGGAGUCGCGCUGGGUUGCUGGCGCUGAGCAGCCCCUUGGCAAUUCGUUAGCUAUGCAUUGGAGCAGCGCGCUGGCAGGAGCUCCCUUAAUUGUUUUCAGUAGCUGUGCUGUUAGCCAAGGCAUGUUUUUAUUCCACUUAUGCACUUUAAAAAUAGAUUAUCAUCGAAACGCAGCAAAGUUGUUUAUAGACAGACUCUGUCAAGCUGCGACUGCUUUGAUUCCUCCCAGAGCAAGGGUAAGCACCAGCCUGAGGUUUAGCAGGUUUGUGACCUGCUUGUUAUGGAGCCUCGCCGCCUCUGCCAGAGCUGUGACAGACGUGUGGGCAGGCAACGUGCCAGCGGCUGGAAAGAGUCUUCCCAACAGCAAUAAACUAAGCUCAAGUGUC